AUGGUGUCCCACGCCUCCAUCGGUACUGCAGGUGUAUACAAGACAAUAUGUGACAAAAUAGAGGACUGGGCGAAGCUCCAGCCAGGCCAUACUGCCAUCUCCUUCGGAGAUAGGAAAAUUUCAUAUGCAGAGCUCGACAAUGCAGCGUCUCACAUUGCGUGGCUGCUCUCUCAGCGCAACGUAGGAAAGGGCGAUAAGAUCCCUGUUUUGGCGCAGCGAAGCCCCGAAAUGGUGGCAUGCUUCUUAGGUGUUCUAAAGUCAGGAGCCCUAUUCGUCCCCAUCGACACAGAAUCAUGGAGUCAGGAUCGUAUCGAGUGGACCUUGAGCAGAGUAUCUGCACGAGUCAUCUUGAAUACCACGAUAGAUCAGUUCCCCGAAUAUGAAGAGAUUCCACACUUCAUGAUCGAGUCCGCGUUUUCGCCAAGCGAAGAGCUGGCGGCGAAGAGAAGGGCCGAUCAGCAAAUCGACCGUCCCUGGGAUCACAUUCAACCAAGCGACCUGGCGUACAUCAUAUUUACCUCUGGUACCACGUCAACGCCGAAGGGCGUCAUGGUCCCGCACGGCUGUGUGCUCAAUUACGUAGAGCAAGGUGGUCAAGAAACGCCAUUCAAUCUCAAUGCCACCCCAUCAGACCGCGUAAUGCUCAUAUUCUCACCUGGAUUUGACGCAUGCACAGGGGUUAUUGUUUCAACCCUCUGCAACGGAGCGGAGCUGCAAAUCGCUACGACCUCGGAUUUCCUCCACACCGUAACGCUGUGUACCACAAUGGUUUGUACCCCAUCGGUUUUGAAUACGAUCCAGGACCCAACCACGUGUCCAAGACUAAAGACCCUCGUUAUGGGUGGUGAGGCUCCUCCUAUAUCUCUUGUCCGCAAGUGGGCUGCAGCCUUGCCAACAUGUGCCAUCUAUAAUUUUUACGGCCCCACGGAGACAACUUUCGCCUGUCUCGUUGCUAGGCUCCUCCCGGAGAAAGCCAUCACUCUAGGGCGCCCGAUGUCAAAUAGCCAGGCAUUAUUGCUCGAUGGGGAGAAGGAAGCGGAUUAUGGUGAGAUUUGUAUCACAGGUCCGGGCUUGGCGACGGGUUAUUUCGAGAAUGAAGCCCUAACGAAGGAAAAGUUCGUAUACUGGCGAGGCGACAGGAUAUACCGCACAGGCGAUUUUGCUAAGCGAACAGAAGACGGUCUUGAGUUUGCUGGACGGAAGGACAGCUUCGUGAAAAAUCGCGGAUUCCUGGUGAACCUCGAGUCGCAGGUGAUCCCCAUAAUGUACAGCUCCCCCGAGAUCGUAGCUGCUACAGCUUUCAUGCAUUGUGGACGACUCGUCGCUUUUGUCACUCCGGCUGAGAUAGAUACCUUGGCUCUCCGAACAAGACUGGCAUCUCAACACGAUGCUUUCGUGGUGCCGGACCUGAUACGGGCACUGGACUUUCUGCCGCUGACUGCAAAUGGUAAGGCCGAUAACAGAGCCUUGCAGCAGUUGUUGGAUUCCGAGGCGCCCGAUACAGGUGAAGAGGCGCCGCUGGACCUGAUCUCUAAGGAUGCGUCAGUGAUGGAUAUUCUGAUUGCCGCCGUAUCCAAGAGUCUACAGCUACCGAUAUCAGACAUAGACGGAAGUCUUUCCUUCAGGGAGUUGGGGGGCAACUCACUCGCAGGCCUGAAAGUGUUGUCUUUCCUCCAAAGUCGAGAAUUGCGGCUGAGGCUCAUUCACCUCUUCGACUUGCCAAAUCUCUCUUCGAUAUGCGAGGUCAUUGAAAAAUCUGCAGGCAGCUCUACGGAGCUUGCGAGCCCCGAGCUAGAAAACACUGCUGCUCUAGCCACUGGUCCGAUGACAUCUAUCCAAACCAAGAUGAUUCAAGGUAACGUCAAGGACCCAGCUGUGAACUACAUGCUCUUGCGCAUUACAAUGCCUCACCCGGGAACGACAAUUAGCUUCCAGAAGUUGAAGAGCGCCUGGCAGCAAGUCAUGCAGAGACACGCCAUUUUUAGAACGACGUUCUCCCUAGAAGAGGGGUUGCAGCAUAUUAGUCCCACGCUGGAUCUCACGUGGAACAGUGAAGAGACGAGUGAAGAACACUUAGAAAGCUUGAUCGAGCGUCGCUCUCAAGAGCUAUACAAAAUGAUUUCACUGCCUAAUAACUCAGAGAGAUUCGCCCCAGUGCAAGCAUGCCACCUAGUGCUCGUACCCGACACAGCCUCAACGCUACUAGUACUUGCCCACCACAGCCAGGCUGAUGGCUGGUCGUUAAGCGUAAUCUUGGAUGAGCUCCGCUCUGCGCUAGACAGUACAGAAUUGGCAGAUCAUCCCCAGUACAUGAGCAUAGCUCUGGCUCAAAAGCGUUUACAGGACGACGCCCAGGGCAAAGCCUUCUGGUCAGAACUGCUUGAAAACCAGCCAGAUCAGCCACCGCUUGUUCUCCUAACCCCAUCUCCCAAUCGCGAGGACACCUGUUGGAGUACAAGCCUUCAGCUUGGACUGGAUAUAACCCCCGAAAGCUUAGAGACAGCGGCGAGACUUCGGCAUGUUACGGCAGCAACGCUUGUUUACUGCGCCUGGGGUUUGGUCUUGUCUAACUACACAUUCACUGACAAUGUUUCCUUUGGCAUUGUGCUCUCGGGGAGGAACAUCGGGACGUCGGGGGCAGACAAAGUUGUUGGUCCGCUAUUGAAUACAUGUCCGUUUGUAUUGGGUCUGGGUAAUGAUGAGACUGUUGAUAGUGUCGUGUCCCAGGCCCAGUCUCGACUCCUGCACAUGAUGGAGUAUCAGUGGUCCGCAGACGAGGCCUUGGCCAAGAUGCCGGCUGGUCGCAUCGCAAACAUGUUUCAGUCCAUCGUCGUGAUCGAGUAUGAUUUACCAACUAUGGGCCGUCCAUGCCAGGCUCUACCAGAGCCCUGGACAAUUGAGAGAAAGGACAAGAUGGAGUUCGGCAUAUCUCUGCUUCUUGAGAGAGAGGGAGUUGACCUGCGGGCCCGCAUUUUGUUCAAUGGCUCGUUGUACGCCGAAUCUAGCAUUAGAGGUCUAUUGAGACACUUCCGCAGCGCGUUGCAAGGCCUGAUUCAACCUCAAAAUACAUAUCUCCAAACUAUCCGACAAGAAAUAAUUACCGGGAAGGAAAGAACUCACAUUGUGAAUGCGGCAAAUCGGUCAGUCGAGUACGCAGGAUAUCCUACACUCAAAGACGCUGUCGAGGCGACAGCAACUCAAUAUCCAGAUCUAAGGGCCAUAGAAUCCGUUGGCGGUUCGAUGACCUACGGGCAACUCGAUCUGGCAGCUAACAAACUAGCAAACCACCUAAGGUCUCACGUAAACCCCAAAGACGUCGUUGGAAUUCUGACGGAUGGCUCGCUUCACUGGAUUGUGGCGAUCUUGGCCGUCCUCAAGGCAGGCUGCAUCUGCUGCCCGAUAGAUAUCAAACUGCCAGCUACACGCAUUGAUACUAUCAUUGAGCAGAGUGGUGCUCGCUUCUUUGUAGCCGCAAACCGAAAUUGCGCUUCAGUUAUUGGCAGCAACCGGGGUUCUGUCAUAAUAAGCGAUGAGUUCCUGAGCACUUGCAAGGGGCCAGCCUCACAAUUGAGCACAGUCUCAAACGCUAGAGACGUUGUUUAUUUGGUAUUCACUUCUGGAAGUACAGGAAUUCCUAAAGGAGUUCCACUUCACAAUCAAAGCAUUCUCAUGGCUAUUGACUCCGAGUCAGUUCGUCUUUUCACUGAGCCGGGCCGUCGAAAUGGUCAAGUUUAUUCUUUGGGAUUCGAUGUGGUCACGGUCGAAAUAUUUGGGACUCUGUGCUAUGGAGGCACGUUGGUUCUUAAAGACCCAAGUGAUCCUCUGGGACAUCUCAACAGUGUUCAUGCUGCCUAUGCUACACCUUCGCUGCUGGCAGCCUUUUCACCAGAUGAUUUCCCUAACCUUGACACUCUGAACCUGGCUGGGGAGCCCGUGCCGCAAAGCAUCGCAGACACCUGGUCUCGUAAGCGUCUAUCUAAUGGCUAUGGACCAUGCGAGUGCGGUCCGAUAUCGACUACGGCCAGACUUCUUCCAGGACAGAAAGUGACAAUUGGUAAGGCUGUACCACACCUUAAUGUCUACCUACUGGAUCAUCACCAAUGCUUAGUCGCACCUGGCGUUGUUGGAGAGAUCUUUCUCUCAGGUCCCCAGACGACACAGGGGUAUUGGAACCUACCGGAUCAGACUAGUCAAUAUUUCUUACCCAAUCCAUUUUCACCGGGGAAAAUAAUGUACAAGACCGGUGACCUUGGUCAGUGGAACGAUGCCAUGUCACUGGUCUAUUUGGGACGUGUCGACAACCAGGUCAAAGUCCGUGGAUUCCGCAUUGAGCUAGAGGAAAUCGAUCGUGCCCUCGUACAUGCGGACUCCUCCAUCCAACAAGCCGCUACUAUCGUUGCUGAUCGCAUCCGAAUUGUUGCUUUCGUUACACCAAGCACUAUCGACACUUUGGACGUCCUCUCAAAAUUGAUGGAUCUGCUCCCGGCGUACACUCGCCCUAGUCAGAUCAUAGCCUUGGACACGCUGCCGCAGUCAGCCAAUAAUAAGAUCGACCGCAAGGCGCUUCAAGCAAUUGCUUCUAAAUACAAAGACCAGGGAGAACCCCCAUUAACUCCUACAGAGCACCUUGUGGCCAAAGUCUGGAAGUCCGUCCUACAGGAAGGCCGUCGUAUCAACAGGCAUGAUGAUUUCCUUGGCAUUGGAGGAAACUCUUUGCUGACAAUACAUGCCGCCCGUUUGAUAACUGAAUCAGUCGGUCAUCGUGUCCCAGUGUCGCUGUUGCUUCGAGAGACUAUUCUUUCUAAGCUCUCCGCAGAGAUCGACAAGUAUGCACUUGUUGAGAAAUCGGAUAAUCAAGUUCAAUCUUUUAAGUCGUAUAUCUCCAGCCUCGCCUCCGCAGCUGAUCUUGCCACUUCAUAUCCUCUUUCGGAGAUAGAAGAAGAGCUGUACAAUUGGCACAUGAUAACUGGGACGAAAUCGUUAUUGAACACUACAUUCCGCUUCGAGCUGAACGGCGAUAUCAAUACCGAGCUACUCAGGAACUCCUUGGUUUCCGUGAUUCAAGAAAAUCCAAUCCUCCGAGCUCGAUAUUUCUCCACUGACGGUUCUGUCGUUCGCCAGAUUGCUGAGGACGUCCAUCCGCCAUUCAUUUUCAGUGGUUCUGCACUGGAUGAAAGCAGACUGCAGUCUAUUGUAAAUGAGCCUUUUGAUUUGUCACGGGAUCAACUGAUUCGUGCUAUCAUCUGGGAGCGGACUAACUUCUCAACUUCAUUAAUUCUCGUCACUCACCAUAUCGUGACCGACAAGCAUUCCUUGGCCAUUCUUCUCAAAUCUAUAGGCGCCCAUUAUACUGCGAAACCUGCUUCCGCCAUCGAAAACCAUGAAGUAAAUCAGCCCUCAGAGCCAACUUAUGUUGAAUGGGCACAAUGGCUACGGCUAAGCCAAGGAUUACCUCAUACCUCUCUGGAUAGAAAGAAACAGGACUUCUGGAAAGACAAAAUAGGUGAUAACACGGUGAUAACUCCGCUGAGAGAUGGCUCUACUCCAGGCCUUGACCUAGACUCGUAUGAGUCAAUCCUGAUCCCGUAUACAGAAGGCACAAAAGUGUCCCAGCGCAUGGCGGUUGCUGCGACAGCCCUUACCCUCCUCGCAGUGUUCGGCUCCAGUUGUAUUACCUUGGGGAUCCCGUAUGCAAACAGAGACGAACCUGGUGCUGCCAGCCUUAUGGGUGUCUUCCUGGACAGAUUGCCCAUCAGGCUGCCUCUCAAUGAUACAAAAACUACCAGCAGCGACGAACUAUUGCAGCGAGUUGCCACCGAGAUCAACCUGGCGGUUGAACACCAACUCCCUUAUGCACAAAUCCUCGCGGCCAUCGGUAGCAGCAACCCUCUCUUCGAUGUCAUGGUCGUAUACCACUGGCAUUCGGACGCACUUGAGCAUUCGUUGAAACUUCCAGACAUCGAGGUAUCCAGUACACCAAUCAGAGCUCAGGGUGCCAAAUUUCCGCUACAACUGGAAUUCACCGAACAGGAGGAUGGGCUACACUGUAGUUUGGAGUUCAACUGUAGCGUUUCACCAUCCCACAUUUCCGCAAUCACGUCUUUCCUCCCUGUUGCUGUCAAUGGUCUGGCACGCCAACGCCCGGUAGCGGAGAUUCUUUCCAAUUUUGCAUAUCCACAAUGUAAAAUAGGUUAA